GGUUGUGGUUCCCCCCCAGUGUGAUGAGCAGGAUGAGGAUUGUUGGUGCUAGAAGGAGAAGCUCCCAUCUCCCUUCCUGCCUUUAAAUCCAGGCCCCGAGUUUCGGGUGGCUUACGCACAGUGACCCAAGGAAAACCCGAGAGGUCACUUGCAAGAGGAGACAAGGAGCAGGGCCUUUGUAGAGCAAGAGGGAUGAGGACCCUCCUGACUAGCUCAGCUGCCUGGGGAAGCACAGCCUGACUGUCAGGUCUCAUUUACAGGGCUUAGAUGCCACUGCAGGAAACUUGCAACUCAAGAGCUCUCUUUCUGUUUCGCUUGAAGCUUGGUAACAUUUUUGUUUUACUCUCAGCCUGCUUCUAGCUGAUAGACUCAAGUUCUGUGCUGUGACAUGCCAGAUGUGUUUGUCUUUGGAGUGCAGUAAAAAGCUACAGUGCUUUCACCUCUGUGGUUUGAUUUGUUUUGCCAUCCUGAAUGGUAAAACUGUGCAAGUUGGUCUUUCUAGUGGGUGACGUCUGUAGUUGUACCCGGAGAGUUUAUGUAGUUCAGGUGAAAGAAUAAACCUCAGUGCCUUUCGUCUGUACACCACAGGUGGUGAAUUUUGGGACCACUCAUACCCAGGUCGGAAGUUACACAGAGCACAUCCCAGUGGAGGAGUUAGAAUCACAGAAUAUCCCGAGUUGGAAGGAACCUAAAAUGAAGUUUCUGAAUGAGAUCUGUGGCCUUAAAGGAAACCUUAGGUGGCAAAUGGAGUAAUUAGACCAUUUCUCCAGGAUUUGUCCCUGCCUCUAACAGGUGCCUUCUUCUGCCUGAUGACCUUAGUCCUCAGGGACGUGAUGGAGCUCCUAGAAGAAGAUCUCACCUGUCCCAUUUGCUGUAGCCUGUUUGAUGAUCCUCGCGUCCUGCCCUGCUCGCACAAUUUCUGCAGAAAGUGUCUGGAGGGAAUACUGGACGGAAAUGUGCGGAACGUGCUGUGGAGGCCGUCCCCUUUCAAGUGUCCCACGUGCAGGAAGGAAACUCCUGUUACUGGAGUCAACAGCUUACAAGUCAACUAUUCCCUGAAGGGUAUCGUGGAGAAGUACAACAAAAUCAAAGGAACUCCAAAAAUGCCCGUGUGCAAAGUGCACAGUGGGCAACCCCUGAACAUUUUUUGCCGGACAGACAUGCAGCUGAUCUGUGGGGUUUGUGCCACCCGUGGCGACCAUACAAAGCAUGUGUUCUGUUCUAUCGAGGAAGCUUAUUCCCAAGAGAAGCGGGCUUUUGAAACCUUGUUUCAGGGCUUUGAAACGUGGCGUUGUGGAGAUGCGCUCUCUCGGCUGGAUACCUUGGAAACCAGUAAGCGGAAGGCGCUGCAGAUGCUGACCAAAGAUUCUGACAAGGUGAAAGAAUUCUUUGAUAAACUGCAGCACACGCUGGAGCAGAAGCGAAACGAGAUUCUCUCUGACUUUGAGACCAUGAAGCUUGCAGUGAUGCAGGCCUAUGAUCCGGAGAUCAAUAAACUGAACUCGAUUCUGCAGGAGCAGCGGAUGGCUUUUAACAUUGCAGAGGCCUUUAAAGACGUGUCUGAACCCAUCGUGUUUCUGCAGCAGAUGCAGGAGUUCAGGGAAAAAAUCAGGGUUCUCAGAGAAACCCCUUUACCUUGUUCCAACGUGGAUAUCACCCCUACAAUGAAGAGCUUUGAUACCAGCCAGUGGAACGGAAUAAAACUAGUUGAUGUGGACAAGCUUGCUUUACCUCAGGAAAACAGUAGUCUGAAAUUGAAGAUUCCCUCAAUCUUCUCGCGCAGAUUUAUAGUAGCCUCUCUCAUUUGCUUGCUUAUUCUUGCUGUCACCAGAAUGUCCUUUGUGGAGUCUGUGGUUGACAACUUCCAGUGCUGGAAUUCUCAGUUCUUUACCAUUAGCUUGUCCUAUUUGGCAGAUACGGUGGAGAUAGCCGAUCAUGCAGUCUUUUACUGGGAACAGAUGACAGAUGGAGCUUCCCUUCUGAGAGAAAAGUGUAAAAACUAUACGUUGGUUGUACUGGAUAAUGUCGCACAGUUUGUGUGCAAGUAUAAACUGUUGUGAAGUCCCCACUGAAAUGUAAGAAGUCAAAGAGGUUUGGUGGAAAAAAAAAACAAACAUAAAAUGUUGUAAAAUUAA